GCUGACGGAGAAUCACAUGAGGGCAGUCAGCUGACAGAGAGCUGAAAUAAAAGCAUUAUCACGCCGCUCCGCUCGGUAGUUUCCACCUUCCUCCUCUACAGUCCAACUGGAAACAUCGCAGUCAUGCUGGUGUUAACUCUGCUCUUCGUGUCCUCAGUUGUAGGAACGCCUCUGCUGGGCACUGAGCAGUGUGCUCGCGGCCCCCCCUACUGGUGCCAAAAUGUAAAGACUGCAUCUCUGUGUGGAGCUGUUCCUCACUGCCAGCAGAAUGUGUGGAACAAACCCCAGAUGAAAUCUGUACCAUGUGACCUGUGUAAGGAGGUGUUGAUGGUUGUCGGACAGCUGCUGAAGGAUAAUGCAACUCAGGCUGAAAUUCUGGGAUACCUGGAGAAGGCAUGUCAGCUCAUCCCUGACCAGAGUCUGAGUGCUGAGUGCAAAGAGAUGGUGGACAGCUACUAUCCCAUCCUUAUUGGGAUAAUUACUGGGGAAGUGGAAGAUCCUGCUGUAGCGUGUGGCGCCAUGGGUUUGUGCAAGUCUGAGCAGAUGGCUCUGGCCAAGCUUCAUGCCCAGGAGGAGCUGGUAUCCAAUGAAAUCCCUCAGAUGGAUCUUUCCCAGCGUGUGGCUCCCUUCCUGCUCAAUGUUCCUGGGCUCCUGUAUCCUCAGGAGAACCUCAAACAGGAGACUCCAAAACAAGCGGUUCCAGAGCAGGAUGGUGAUGAGGUGUGUCAGGACUGCAUCAAGUUCCUCACUGAUGCUCAGGCAGAAGCUAAAGCCAACACCUCUUUCAUCGACUCCCUGAUUCAGAACAUUGAGAACCAGUGCGACCUGUUGGGACCAGGCCUGUCUGAUAUGUGUAAGCAGUAUGUUGGGCAGUACGGACCUGUUGUUGUGCAGCAGCUCAUGUCCAUGGACCAGCAACCAAAGGAGAUCUGUACUCUUGCUGGUUUCUGUGCUGCCAUGAAGAAGUCUGUCCCCAUGUUGAACCUUCAGGCUGCCAAGACUGUCCCUGCUGCCAAAACUAUAAUGGCUAAGGUUUUCCCUGCUACCAAACUUGAGCCUGCAGUUUCCAAGCCGAUGGUGCGUGUCCGUGAGUCUGGAACUUGUGCCAUCUGCGAGUUUGUGAUGAAGCAGCUGGAGUCCAUGUUGGAGGAUCAUACAACAGAGGAGGAGGUCGUUCAGGCUGUGGAGAAGGUGUGCACGUUGCUGCCCUCCUCUCUGACCGCUCAGUGCAAAGACCUGAUUGAAACGUACGGCCAGGCCAUCAUUGAGCUGCUGGUGCAGCAGGCUGACCCAAAGACUGUUUGCACAAUGCUGGGACUCUGCAACGAUGCCAGCCGGGCAUUUGUUGUUGCCCUGGAUCAGACUCGUUUUAAGGUUGGCGGCUACUGUGAUGUGUGCAAGAUGGCGGUGAGUUACAUCGAUGGCAUCCUGCAGAAGAACGCCACAGAGGUAGAGAUUGAAGAAGCUGUGAAGAAAGUAUGCAGCUUCCUUCCCGACGCUUACAGGACUGAGUGUGACCAGCUGGUGGAGCAGUACGAGCCGAUGCUUGUCCAACUGUUGCUCCAGAUGCUAGACCCAGACUUCGUUUGCACAAAAUUGGGAGCUUGCCCUGAGGCUGAGCGGAAGCUGCUGGGAACAGAGAGGUGCUCUUGGGGACCUGGAUACUGGUGCAAGAACAUGGAAACAGCUACAGAGUGCAAUGCUGUGGCUCACUGCAGGCGCCAUGUGUGGGUGUAAAGAAAAAACUGACCUGUAGGGAAAUAAAAUCACUGUAGUGCUGCUUUCCACUAUUAAUCCAUGUCUAAUAGGCUAAAACUGCUGUGAUGUGACAAAAUUAACUUUAUGAUUUCAAUGAUGGCAUGGUGGAAAGGGACUGGGACUAUUUGUUUGUUCUCAAGUUUGGGACUUGGAAAGGGGUUUGAAGUUGUGGAUGGGGGGGUGAUUAUGUAUGUUGGCCUUAAACUUGGCCUCUGAGUUUUGUACUAGUUUCUAUAUUCUGUAUUGCCUGCUUCACAUGUCAAAUUAAACUAGCCCCUCCCCCUUUCUAAACCAAACUGAAUGCAUCUGCAAACCAGUUUGUUUCUGGCUUGUCCUUAUUUUAGCAGUGUGUACAUGUGAUCUUUGAGGAUCUUGGUUUUGUUUUAUAGGGGCUGAUCGGGGGACUUCCUCCCAAUGUUUGCACCUUUGAUUUACAUAUUUCUCCAAUGCACACAAUCUCAAAUCUGUUUUAAGCAACUGGUUGUCAGUUAAUUUGUGAGUUUGACAAUUAAAGUGAUUCCAAACCUA